AUGGGCAUAAAAGGGUUACUACCCUUGCUCAAGUCGAUUCACAAGCACUGUACUCUCAAAAAAUUCGCCGGCCAGACAAUCGGCGUGGACGCCUACGGAUGGCUGCAUCGAGGAGUGGUGGGGUGUGCCUUUGCCCUGGCCCUUGAUAAGCCAACGACCAUACACAUUGAUUUUGUCUUAAGCCGGGUACGGAUGCUUCUGGACUUUGGGGUCACUCCAUAUCUGGUCUUCGACGGAGACAAUCUACCUAGCAAAGCCGGAACAAACGCUGCGAGAGGAAAGAAAAGAGAAGAGAGCAAAGCACUGGGUCUGGAACUGCACAGAGCGGGCAAGUCCUCGCAAGCCCAACAGGAACUUCAAAAGGCCGUGGACGUAACCCCUCUUAUGGCCCGACAAUUGAUCGAAGAACUGAAGAAGCUUAACGUACAGUACGUCGUGGCUCCAUACGAAGCGGACGCUCAGCUGGUGUAUCUCGAACAAAACGGCAUAAUAGAUGGGAUUUUGUCCGAAGACUCGGACCUUCUCGUGUUCGGUGCGAAGCGCUUGUUGACGAAACUCAAUCAAUAUGGCGAACUUGUUGAAGUCGAGCGGGCCGACUUCGCCUUGUGCAAAGAGCUUAGCCUGGCGGGAUGGACUGACUCAAUGUUUAUGAGAAUGGCCAUCCUCAGUGGGUGCGACUAUCUGCCCAAUAUCGGCAAAAUGGGGCUGAAGACCGCACAUGCGUAUGUGCGAAAGUAUAGGGACAUCGAAAAGAUCCUCCGCAUGGUCCAAUUCGAGGGCAAAAUGGUGGUACCAGACAAAUAUUUGGAGCGGUUCCGGCAGGCUGAGUUAACAUUCUUGCACCACCGAGUGUUCUGCCCAAUCGCGCAAAAGAUGGUCUUUCUAAACGACCUCGGCCCGGGAUUGCUGGAGUCCGACAUGCCAUAUCUUGGUCCCUAUAUCGAUCCAGCGACCUCACUUGGUGUUGCAUGCGGUGAUCUAGAUCCCUUCUCGAAGAGGCCUAUAUUGCUGGGCGCAGUCAAGUCCGGAUCUCGACCAGUCCUCGGUGAGAACAGGAGACAGAGUUACGCGCCGGCGACAGAGUUGAAGCCCGGGAAGUCGAUUGAGACAUUCUUCAAACCCCAACGCCAGCCCCUUGCUGAGCUGGACCCCAACAGCCUGACACCUUCUCCCUCGCAAGGUCGACUUCUUGAACGCAAUCGAAAUGCUUCCUGGGAGCCGAGGCUAGUGUCUUCUGCCCCGGCCCUUAGACGCAGUGUCUUCUCGCAGCAGGGGCGGCCAACCGACUCAGAUCGGUCGAGUUUUCUCGUACGAGCCUCCAGACUGUCCACAUACCAAGCGCCGAAGCGCCAAAGAUUAUGUUCCGAUUCUAUAGGACCUUCGCCACCCAAAGAAUUAAAGCAAAGCCCGUUCUUUUCAUCCAAAAUCGAGCAGUCUAGUCCACUGGCGCAGAAGCAGGCUAGGGCGAAGAGGGGCAAGAAAGCCGGGUUUGAUGUCUUUUCAGAUGACUCUGUUGACGAGAUGUUGUUAAACUGCGAAGUUCAGCAAGUUGCUAGUCCUGAACAGAGUUCAGCCGCCAACAAUGACGUCCAGGGCGACAGUGAAUGUGUCUCUGGAGAUCAAGAUGCCUUACAAACCAUACCUCAGUCGUCGCCAGUCAUCGGCCCGGCUUCCAUAACUUCUCUCUCCCCCAUCUGCACCUCCUCUCCGUCGAGCAGAAGUUUCCCUGAUGAGGUCCCUGCAAGACGAUGUGCUGCUAGGGAGAUCAGCCAAGAUGAUGACCCCAGUGCCUUUGAGGACUUGCUUGAUUACCAUGUUCGGCAACAGAAUGAGGCUCUGUUACAGAAGUUCGCUUUCCAGCCUGGAGAGGGAACGGGCACAAUCAAACGCUCUCCAGGAUCUUCGCGGAAACCUUGUCAGACAUUUACGGCACUGUCACCAGCGGCGCAAAUCGCUGCGUUGAAGAAGCUGCCACAAACAGGGAAAAUUCAAACGCUGUGCAGUGAGGUCAAAUUACACCGAACAUUUGGUCAGCAGUCACCUGAAGUCCAACAAUCUGCCCUUAAGUCACUUGGCCAGCAGAGGGCAUGCCGAACAUCGAACCUGAUGAAAACGACGCAGGCUUCAAUCAGCAGCGAGCGAAUCAAACCAUUGCUGAGUCAAGACAACGAGUUGAGUGCGAAACUCCCUGGCACAGGCGAACUACGAGGUAGUGAGGAUGCGAUAGUGCCGAACAGCGACGAUGAAGGCUCGGAGAUAGGGUCACCCGUGCGGAAGUCCAGGUUGGACCUUAGUUCAUUUGCGUUUGUCUCUGCGUAA